AUGCCCCCCAGCCUUUCCACCAAUGGUCUCAGCGGUCUCAAGUCAGUUGUAAUCCCAGUCUUCAAUGAGGUCCAGAGCAUUGGAGUGCUUGUGGACAGGGUCGCCUCAGUUUUGCAACGGAGGGGCUACACAUAUGAGAUACUCUGUAUUGACGACGGCUCAACUGAUGGCACCACCGGACUUCUGAGAGGUCUGGCCUCGCAACGUCGGGACCUGCGUACGAUCAUCCUGCGGCGCAACUUCGGACAGACGGCCGCGAUGUCAGCGGGCCUCGACGCCUCCGUGGGUGAUGUCAUCGUGACCCUCGACGCUGAUCUGCAAAACGACCCUGAUGAUAUCCCGAGGCUUGUGGAGCAUCUCCUAUACGGAGGUGAUAUAGGGGCGGAGUUGGCGGACGGGCGGGCUGGGGGGUCCGGGACAGUGCGGGACGAUGGGGGGUACGAUAUGGUGUGCGGGUGGCGGCGGGAGAGGCAGGAUGACGUCAUCAGGCGGGUGCCGUCACAGCUUGCGAAUUGGCUGAUUGGGCGAGUGACAGGGGUCCGCCUACACGACUGCGGCUGCAGCCUCAAGGCCUUCCGCGCCGACCUCGCCUCCGCCCUCCGCUUAUACGGCGAAACCCACCGGCUUAUACCCGCAAUCGCCGCGAUCGAAGGGGCCGCUAUUGCGGAGCUCCCCGUUCGGCACCACCCCCGUUCUUUCGGCUCGUCAAAGUACCCCCCCCUGGGGCGGACUCCCCGGGUGAUACUUGACCUGAUUUUGGUGGCCUUCCUUGCCCGGUUUAGAGACCGGCCGAUGCAGUUGUUCGGCUUCGUCGGGGGCGCUCUCUUGCUAGGCGCGGCCGGCUGCGCGGUGCACGGACUCUUCUACGUCUGGGCAGUCGCGCGGCACUGGGGACUCGCGAUCGCCUGGCCCUCGGCGGUGCCCACUCUAGUUCUCGCGCUCGAGCUGGGGGUGGCAGGUAUCCAGAUGGUGUUCCUAGGCCUGCUCGCAGAUAUCUGCAUCCGGAUAUACUUCGAGUCGCAAAACAGGGCGCACUAUAACGUACGGGAAGUAGUCUCGUCAACGUCAGGAGUUCGAUGAAAGAAAGAACUAACUUUUAGGAAAUGAACCUUGAUCGAAGUUAGGCAGGCGGCUUCUCUUGCCGAACAACUAUUUGUGAAUCAUUGAAUUGCUUUGGGGGCGAACCUGAUUUUGGAGGGCAGUAUCGGCUGCUGCGGUUUUGCCUACUGUAGCUUCGGUUGAGCGCAUAGGUCAUGCUCGCUAAAAGUUGUGUAGCUGCACAUGGUGCGUCCAUGUCCUCAAGUUUCGAGCUUACUUGGUACAUGCAGUCGUGUGACUUGCCGUACACGUGUUAGUUACUGAGUAUGGCACUCAC